ACCAGACGGGCCCCGUCAUCGUGCACAUGUUCGCCAUAAUUCCCCCAUGUGCCGACUCUCUCAAGACUGUGGAGAUGGGAGUUUUUGGGCUCCGCCUUCCCGCUUCUUCUAGGUAUCGUUGCUACGACGGAGGUGGUGGAGGCUGCGACUGGUGUGGAGAUUGCCGGUAUGGUGGGCGGGUUCCCUCGGAAGGCAAGGCUGGCAUGGAGCGCAGAGAGGUUAUGGGCAAGAAUGUCACAAUCUACAAGGAGCAAGCAGCCACGGCCUGGGACAAGUACGCUGAUAAGAACGUGAAGGUGCUGGUCGUUGCGAAUCCGGCGAAGAGGAAGGCCGUCAUUCUGAAAGAAUACGCACCGUCGAUUCCUGCUAAGAAUGUGACUUGCUGGACGAGAUUGGACCAUAACUGGGCGCUUGCGCAGAUAGAUGCCGCAGAUGCAGAUUGCGCAGCGCGCGGGCGCUUGCGCAGAUUGCGCGCGUUGGCGCUUGCGCAGAUUGCGCGCAAACCCAUCGGCACGGAGGUCAUUAACGACGACGAAUGGUUGAACGGGGCGUUCAUCAAGACCGUCCAGCAGCGGGGAGCUGAGAUCAUCAAGGCCAGGAAAUUCUCCAGCGCUCUGUCGGCUGCAAGCGCUGCCUGCUGCAACGACGUGGACAAUUGGCUGAAAGGAACACCGGAGGGUACUUGGGUUUCCCUGGGAGUUUACUCCGACGGAUCGUACGGCGUGCCUGCGGGUCUCAUCUACUCCUCCUUCCCUGUCACCUGUAAGAGCGCCGACUGGGAAAUCGUCCAAGGUCUUUCGAUUGACGACUUUUCGAGGGGUAAGAUGGACGCCACUGCGCCCGAGCUUUUGGACGACAAGAAUCUCGCCGCCGAUUCCAUCAUCACAGGCACUUAGGAAAGGCGGGCACCCUGACUGUAGACACAAUCCAGUAGCGCUGUAGUUGGUGGAUGAAGACACAAUUCAGAACCGCACUAGUAUUGACCGGCCGGCAGCUCCAGUGACGAGGACGCCAAUAGGUUCAGCCAUGGUGAUAUCGAACGAACACGCAACGGUAGUGCCAAGGUCAAGAGUGAAUAGCUAGCUUGCUAUGGCGACGGGGGAUGACUUUCUCCUGCCAGAUACGACUAUUAUGAUGCUUGGCGACUGUGAACUUUCUCCGCCUAAACUGAACAAGUUUUGCCUAACGGUCACAUCGAAAUUCUUUAACAAAUUUAAAAUAAAAAUUGAAAAAAAAAAUCAAUUUUAUUUUUUAAUUAAGUUGAAUUCUUUUUGGCCCGGCCGGGCAAGUGGACCCGGGCCACUCUGGUAGCCUAGUAAUAAUAAAAAGAAAUGAAUCGCAGCGAGUAUU